CAAACGACAAAUCCUCUCAAGUCCUGACUUCCCUGCGAUAGAGCGUGGGCGGCGCUGAGCCGCCGGUGCCGUCUCCUCUCCUCCCCCCACAAUCCCUCUCUUCCUCCCUCCCACGCACCCACGCCUCCUGCCCUUGACUCUUACGGAUCGUAGGAAGAGGGAGAGGAGAGAAGCAGCGAUCUGUUCCUGUUUUGAGACUGCAGCGACCGAUCUCUCUUCUUUCGACUGUUUUCCGAACGUCUCUCUCUGUUUCUCCAUGCCCGUGCUGCAGCUCAGAUGGGAGACGUAAGUGCAGCGGCUGUCUGGCACGUGAACGCGCGCGGCAGGUCUCUCUGGCGGGCCAUCCCAGGCACGGGAUGCUGAACGGGAGCCGUGAGGGUUUGUUUGAACUGGGCAGGCAGCUCCAGCAGGAAGGAGACUCCCAAGCUGCUCUGCACUGCUUUCUGAGCUGCCUGCUGGGACUCACACAUGUGCAGAGCUUCCACUCGCUUCCCAACUGCCUGCAUCAGAUUGCUGAACUCUACAUUGAUGAGAAGAAUUAUGGGAAAGCUCUGCAGUUCAUUCAGGCGGAGAAGAUGUUUUACGAAGUGGCACUGAUCGAGCUCACCUCGCUGCAGGCCAGCACAGGGUCUCAAGAAGACGGAACAUUAGGAACCUCAGGAUGUCUGUCUCAAGAGGAGUUAUCAGAACAGGCUUCUCAGGCCCAGGAUCUUGAGAGACUGGCUCAGCUCUGCAUCAUGAGCAAGAGACCCCAUCUUGCUUUAGAAUACAGUGGCAAGGCCACUAAAAUCCACCAGCGGGCUUUCGGUAACGAUCACCCCAUCACAGCCCGGAGUCUGGAGCUGCUAGCCACUGUCUAUGCUGAGAUUGGCAAAACGGAAUAUACAAAUUCAUUGGGAGAGUGUGUGUCGACUCUUUCCAAGAGGUUCUCGGCCACGGAGUCAUUUAGCGAUGCUCUGAGUGGCAUCUCUCAUAGCCAUAAGGACAGACACUCUGAGUUACGACACAGAAAAGAGCCAUACAAACAACAGGAAACUCUUAAAACUAAGGUCAUAAAUGAAAAACUGCCCACCUCUAUCCUGAAAAGGUCCAACGUGAGCAAUGUUGAGUCAGACUCAUCACGUAGGCGAAAAAACGAGAGGCGGGUUCGCUUCAGAGAGCCGGAGAUCACUGUUCAUGACAUUCCGUACUAUGACUGUUUAGGAGUGUACGACACCCCCCAGAGCCAUUUGCACUUGGCCUUGCUCACCUGCCUGUUCCUGCUGCUGUCUGCGCUCGGUCUAGCAUUGUACUGCACGGACCGCCGAAGACCCCAGCGUGCCUGUGAGGAGCUGCAGACGGCACUAGCUGUGUACCUGCUUCAAUUCAAACAGAUUGUUUGGGCCUGCUGGAUCUGGCUGACCAUGCAAUGACCAUAACUGACCACAGAUGGCAGCAACAAGCAGAAAA